AGAACACAUUAAAGUAGGAAACAUAUGUAAUCUCUCUUCAAAUUCCAAUUCUCACAGCAAAAAUGGCAGUCUCAUCAAUCACCUUCCCUCCAAGCCUUCCACAAAACUGGUAACUAAAAGCAAAAUCCUCAUUUAUUUUUACACACUUUCAACCUCGUACCUUUUCUCUGCUACUUUUUGCAGAGAAAAGCAAAAUCAUGAUGAUGAUCUUCAAUUGCAAACACACCCAUCAUUUCUCGCCAAUCCCAAAACCCCAACAUCAAACAUGCUUGUUUGUGUUUUUAUUAUUGUUCAUCAAUCUCUUCUCAUUGAAUAUCUCCGAUCCCCGAAUCUACGAAGCCGGUCUGUUCUGCGGCACCACUACGCCGCCGCAAAACACCAGCUACAUCCCAAACUUCGUCCAAGAAAUGGAAGUUCUCUCCGAACUAGUCACCGCCAACAAUUCAGGCCACCACUUUGUAAACUCAACAGUACCCAUUUACGGCCUCGCCCAAUGCCACCGUGACCUCUCUCACACCGACUGUCUCCUCUGCUACGCCGUCAGUCGCACCAGGCUCCCCCACUGCCUCCCCGCCGUUUCCGCCAGAAUCUACCUCGAUGGUUGCUUCUUAAGAUACGAUACAUACAAUUUCUUCAAUGAAAGUGUCGACCCAGUUCGAGAUAAGGUGAAUUGUAGCAGUUCUGAAUCGAUUGUUGAAGCGACGUGGGUUGAAUUCAAGAGCAGUGUGAGUAAAUUGGUUGUGAAUUUGACGAGUGUUGCGGUGGAGAAUGGUGGGUUUGCUGUUGGGGAAGUGAAGGGUGUGUUUGGUUUGGCGCAGUGUUGGAAUACUUUGAGUAGAGAUGGGUGUAGAGAGUGCUUGGAGAAGGCGGCGAAUGAGUUGAGAGGGUGCGUGCCGAGUAGUGAAGGGAGAGGAUUGAAUGCUGGAUGUUAUUUGAGGUAUUCGACUACUAAGUUCUUCGAUGUUGGGAAUCAAAAUUUGAAGCAUGGUUCUGGGGCCUCAAAAGAAGGGGUCAUUGUAGCUAUUGCUUUGGCAGUGACAGCCUUCUUGAUGCUCUCAUUAUUUGCUUGUUAUGCAUGCUAUCUGAGAUUAUCAAAGCGGAAACAAGAACGCGACAAUCUGGGACAGGUUUUAAUUUCAUUUAACAGGUCGAGCUUGAAUUUCAAAUACGAAACGCUUGAGAAGGCAACAGAUUACUUCAAUUCAUCGAGGAAAAUAGGGCAAGGUGGAGCGGGCUCUGUGUUCAAGGGUACACUCCCUAAUGGUGAAACUGUAGCGGUUAAGAGAUUGUUUUUCAGUACUAAGCAAUGGGUAGAUGAGUUCUUCAAUGAGGUCAACUUGAUCAGCGGGAUUCAACACAAGAACCUUGUGAAGCUCUUGGGUUGCAGCAUUGAAGGCCCAGAAAGCCUCUUGGUUUACGAGUACGUCCCAAACAAGAGCCUCGAUCAGUUCCUCUUUGAUAAGGACAAGGUUCAAAGCCUAAAUUGGAAGCAGAGGCUUGAUAUAAUAGUUGGAUCGGCUGAGGGCCUUUCGUAUCUUCAUGGUGGGACUGAAACAAGAAUAAUCCACAGGGACAUUAAGAGCAGCAAUGUCCUACUCGAUGAGAAUCUUGCUCCAAAGAUUGCGGAUUUCGGCCUUGCUCGGUGUUUUGCUGCUGAUAAGUCUCAUCUUAGCACUGGAAUUGCAGGAACACUAGGCUAUAUGGCUCCUGAAUAUCUUGUUCGAGGACAGCUCACAGAGAAAGCAGAUGUUUAUAGCUUCGGAGUACUAAUUCUUGAGAUUGUUUGUGGUAGAAAGAAUAAUGCCUUCAUUGAGGACUCUUGUUCACUCACGCAAACAGUUUGGAAAUUUUACAAGACAAACAGAUUGGCCGAGGCUGUUGACCCUCGCUUGAAAAACGUUUUUCCAGCAGAAGACGCAUCCCGUGUACUUCAAGUUGGACUUCUAUGCACACAGGCUUCAGUUUCUCUCCGACCAUCAAUGGAUGAAGUGGUUCACAUGCUAAUUCACAGCGACUUUGAAAUUCCAGUGCCUAAUCAACCUCCUUUUCUUAAUGCUAGCGCGCUUGACCCUCGCAGCUCUACUAGAUCAUACAGCAUAAAUAGUUUAAUGUCCAAUGCCUUGACAAAAAUUGAAGUGUCGUAUAACUCUUCUGAGUCCUCGAGUAUGCUGAGUUUAGAUAUGGGCCAUCGCAAAGUGAGGAAUUGACGCUGAAGUAAAUUCAAUCACUAUGUUCAAGAAUGUCCAUCCAAACACAUUAUCAGAUGGUUAAUGGAACCGAACCCGGGUUUUUGAAUUUGAAGUUUUUGAGGGAAGGCUUUCAUGUUUUGAUUGGAGCUGGAAAAACAGACAGCCAAUUUUGCUGAGUGCUGGAACUUUGGGAUACCUAUUGUUUGGUUUCAGUUUUUUGAAUUCAAUUUUUU